AUGGCGCUGGAUAACUACUACCGGAACAAGAUUGAGAGCAUGAAGCUCGAGAUUAUCCAGGGUCAGGCUGUGCUCCGCCGCCUGGAAGCUCAGCGCAAUGACUACAAUUCCCGAGUACGAUUACUGCGGGAGGAGCUCGGUCUGCUCCAACAACCUGGCUCUUACGUCGGUGAGGUGGUCAAGGUGAUGAGCACGAAGAAGGUUUUGGUGAAGGUCCACCCCGAAGGAAAAUACGUGGUCGAUAUCGCGGAUGGCGUCGACAUUGCCAAGCUCACCGUUGGCAAGCGAGUAGCCCUCCUCUCAGACUCAUACAAGUUGGAAAAGAUGCUUCCAUCCUCGGUUGAUCCUCUUGUGUCACUGAUGAUGGUGGAGAAGGUACCCGACAGCACAUACGACAUGAUCGGUGGAUUGGACCAGCAGAUCAAGGAAAUCAAGGAAGUGAUUGAGCUGGGUCUGAAGCAUCCGGAGCUGUUUGAGUCGUUGGGUAUCGCGCAACCAAAGGGUGUUCUACUUUACGGCCCUCCCGGUACCGGUAAGACGCUACUGGCCCGUGCGGUCGCCCACCACACGGACUGUCGUUUCAUUCGUGUCAGUGGCUCAGAGCUGGUGCAAAAGUAUAUCGGGGAAGGAAGUCGCAUGGUGCGAGAACUGUUUGUGAUGGCCCGUGAGCAUGCGCCGAGUAUCAUCUUUAUGGACGAGAUCGAUAGCAUUGGUUCUAGCCGUAUAGACUCGGCAGGUGGAGGUGAUUCCGAAGUGCAGCGCACUAUGCUGGAGCUGCUCAAUCAGCUGGACGGAUUCGAGCCCACGAAGAACAUCAAGAUUAUCAUGGCCACGAAUCGACUGGACAUUCUCGAUCCAGCUUUGCUACGACCUGGGCGAAUCGACCGAAAGAUUGAAUUCCCCCCACCAUCUGUCGAGGCCCGUGCCGAUAUUCUACGCAUUCACUCUCGAUCGAUGAACCUGACCCGCGGGAUCAACCUGACCAAGAUUGCGGAGAAGAUGAACGGAUGUUCUGGUGCCGAGCUCAAGGGUGUCUGCACAGAAGCUGGUAUGUACGCUCUGCGUGAGCGACGCGUGCACGUUACUCAGGAGGACUUCGACUUGGCCACUGCCAAGAUUCUCAACAAGCACGAUGACAAGGAGGUGGCCGUGUCCAAGUUGUGGAAGUAA